AGACCUUAUCUGAUAUUUAGAGGUGCAUAUUCUUCGUCACAGAUUCAAACCUUAUCUUCGAUUCAGCGAUGCAUAUUGACUCGGCCACUGAUUUUCUUGCUUAUUGUGGUCGUGUUCUUACCACGCGCAACGUCGAAACAACCUUCCGAUUUUGUCUCUCCAUUCGGUCAUUGGUUCAUCGGCUAUUUCUAUCGCCAGAGUCCAUACUCCUUACUUCUUGAAGCACUGAGUUCAUUUGUUUUCAACUAUAGAAGGUUUCUAACAUAUCUCUUCUUUGAUUCAUUCACUUUUUCAGCAGGGCAUCAAUUUUCUGUAAAUGGCUUCCACUUCGACAUCUGGUCGAGGACAAGAGGAACGCGAUCCAUUUUUGGUACUUGAACCUCCCAACAAAAAGAUCAAAUCUUCCUUGACUGCAAAACAGUUUGAUGUGUUCAUCAACCAUCGAGGCCCAGACACCAAAGCAAAUCUGGCUCAGCCGCUCUACGAUUCUCUACACCAAGCUGGGAUCCGGGCAUAUCUAGAUUCUCAUGAGACUGAACUGGGAGAUUAUUUUCCUUCUGCCAUAAAGAAUGCCAUAUUCUCUGCCACACUACACAUAGCCAUCUUAUCUCCGCGAUAUGCAGAGUCUGCUUGGUGCCUAGCUGAGCUAUCUUUGAUGUUUCAGACCAGGGCUAGAAUUAUUCCCCUGUUUUACCAUGUCAAGCCUUCAGACUUCCGCUACAUCAAAAAUGGAGUUGCAGAUGCAUUUUCAAAAUACGAAGAGAAGGAGGGCAGAUAUCCUAAACAUGACAUUCAACAGUGGAAAGAUUGCCUGCAGAACGUUGCAGGGGUGAAGGGCUACAAAAUCAAGGACCAAAAUGUUGGUCUCAAGAAGCUAUGUGAUGACAUCAUGUCCACCAUGGUUAAGGAGAAGCAAAAGAGAAAAAUUCCUUUCCAAGUUGCAAAAUAUGCUGUGGGACUUGAUGAGCUUGUCAAAGAUUUCCACAGCCAUUGCCAAACAAAUGGGCAGAUGAGAGAUAAAAUAAUUGGCAUCUUUGGAAUGGGAGGGUCCGGCAAGACCACUCUCGCCAAAGAUUUGUUCAAUAGCAAACAUUCAGAAUUUUGUGGAUCAACUAUUCUGUUUGAUGUGCGGGAAAACCAUGUCAGAGGUAAGCUGACUUCUCUGCAAAGUAAGCUUCUCAAUGAUCUGGAAAGGAAAAAAAAUCAGCAUGAAUUUUGUAGUCUAGAAGAUGGAAUCGCCGUUAUCAAGGAUUACUUUCACAAGAGCCCAGAAUCAAAGUUCCUUGUAUUUAUAGACGAUGUUGAUCAUAAGAUUCAGUUAGAUGCCCUAUUGCCCAUAGAUGCUCUCAAUCACAACAGUUUGGUGAUUGUCACAACCCGUGAUGAGAGGCUUCUUAUACAGGCCGGAGUGCGAGUCCGCUAUAAGAUGAAAGAAAUGAAUCCAAGGCAUAGUAGAGAACUGUUUUGCUGGCAUGCGUUUCAUAGACAAUCUUGUAAAAUUGGAUUUGAUAAGUUGGUAGACAGCUUUGUACAAGUGUGUGGAGGAUUACCCCUCGCUCUUCAAGUAAUGGGUGGGCAUGUUUUUGGCAGCGACAAGGCUUGCUGGCAAAUACAAUUAGAUGCUGUUAAGGCAAGAUUACACAAAGACAUAAAAGAUACGCUUAAGAUAAGCUAUGAUGCUCUGGAAGAGGAUCAAAAACAGAUAUUUAUGGAUAUAGCGUGCUUUUUUAUAGGGGAAGAUGUGAGCAAAGCCAAAAGUAUUUGGAAGGCUUCAGGGUGGAGAGCCGAACAUGCACUUCGGACACUCAAGGCCAAAUGCCUUGUUGAAGUGGAAACAUGUUUUGAUCGAGAUCAUAUACAUUUAAAAUGCCAUUAUGAGCCAGAAUUCAUAUUGAGAAUGCAUGACAACCUCCGGGACUUGGGGAGAGAAAUGGCAGAUAAUGAAAUGAGCCAUCCUCGUCGGCUGUGGCGUCCUGAAGAUCGUAUUGGAAUGACCAAAAUUAAGGGAUUCCAGGACACCCUCACUGGAUCCGAAGGAAAAAGUCUGAGAUGUUACAGUGUUCUGGACGACAUUGAAAGUGGUCUUUAUAUGAGAUAUUUUCUGGGGAGUUCAAAGACAUCAACUUAUUUACAAUGGCUUCAACUUGAGUCUGCUUGCAAAAAGUAUCCAUCUAUUCCUGAAUGGUUUCCUCUACAGAAUUUGCACACUUUAAGUCUUCAACGAGUAUCGCCUGCUAUAUUGUGGCAUAGGGGCGACCAGGUUUCUCUCAAGUUGAAAGAGCUAUAUUGCAAAUUUGAAUCUGUUCAUUUUUCAAACUUCAAUCAUGAUGUUCUUAUGACACAUUUAAACGAACUGGUGAGUUCGUUCGGAACGCUCACACAUCUGGAGAGUCUGCACCUAAAAUUUGAUCGUCCUAAUCCACAUCGUUCAGGAUUGACAAGAGAAUUGAAUAUUGAAUCGAAACGGUUGCUAAAAUCUGUAAGAGAACUCGUCAAUCUGAAAAGUUUAGAGCUGGCAUCCUUUGCUACUGUAGACAGGGAAUUUGCUUUUAGCAACAGGGGAGAGGCAACUGAUGAUCGGUUUUGUAUGAGAAGCCUUGAAGCCAUAUCUUUGUGUGUUGUAUGUAACACAAGGAAGGUCUCAAUUCAUGGACAGUUCUGUCCCACCCUUAAAUCUCUAAAGAUUUGUUCUAUGAGAGAUCUAAGAGAAGUGGAUUUAACAGGGUUAACGACACUGGAAUCUCUGGUGCUGUUGAAAUGUGGAAAGUUGAGAAAAGUGUUGAGCAAUUAUAUGCCAGAACUUGAAAUGUUCCACAUAAAAUUAUGCCGGACUAUGAAACAGUUGCCAAAUUUUGGGCAGGUCGGCUGUCUCAAGAGGAUCACUAUUAGCCGUUGUUUGAAGCUGCAGGAUAUAUCAGCUAUUGAAAGAUUGAAGGGAUUGAAGAGGAUCUGGAUUGCUUUUUGUCCAAUGCUGAAGAGUAUAAAAGCUAUUGAACAAUUGAAGGGGUUGAAGAGAAUCUGGAUUGAGGAAUGUAGACAACUAGAGGGAGUAAUUUGUUUUAAAGAAUUGAAGGAGUUGAAGAGAAUCUUUAUUGGGGGUUGUAUAACGCUGCAGAAAAUACAAGACAUCAAAUUUUUAGUGUUCCUGGAGAGCAUUAUCAUUGCUAGAUGUCCGAAGCUGCAGAAUAUACAGGGUAUUGAAGAAUUGAAAGGACUGAAGGAGAUGAUUAUUGCAGUCUGUCCUAUAAUAAGUUUCGUCGAAAGGUUACAGAGGUUGCCGUCGGAGCUUACAAUUCUAGCGGGGAGAAUGGCGUUGUCAGAUCCAGAUGAAGUUGACUCCAAAUGGGCAUCGCUCAUGUCAGACUUAAAUGAAAUUGGAGGCACACUGUCCAUGGCAACACAUUGUUUCUGUGAAAUAGAGUCUGACAGGAUGAGUAGGGAAAAAGUAGAGGAGAUGAUGGAUUCGUUUCAUAAAACCCUACAUUCUCUCAGUACAUUCAUCUUCUGCGCUAUGUUUUGGGAGUAUGAGGACAGAUAUGAGUAUCCUUGCAUUGGGAGCGAUAUUUGUAACGGAACCAGGAUUAUGUUUGAUCGGUCGCGGAUUAGCCUAAGACCUGCAUCUCUCUCUUUUGUUGAUGGAUGGAUGAUAUAUAUGUGCGUGGUUAAUGAAGAAAGGCUGUCAAAAUAUGACUCCUGGAUGCCAUCUUUUCCUAUAGAGAAGGCGUUUGUAAUGGGAGUGGAGGCAGGCGAAGAAAGGAAAACCCUCCAAAUAUUGCAAACCAUAUUUGCUCAACCAUACGUUAACAAUGGCGAAUAUUGUGAAGAUCUGCUUCGUGACUUUGAUUAUAAUUUUGAUUUUGAUGUGGAUGACGGAGGUGAAAUCGACUAUGAUGAUUUGGCUGAGUAUGUUGAUGACGAUGAAGAAUAUGAUGGUGCUGUUGAUGAUGAUUAAUGAUAAUGUAACUGAGUUCUAGUUGAAAAUUUUGUUGUUGCAAAUGAAAUUAUGGAUAUCUUAAAAGUAAUUAUAUUUUUAUUUCUAAAUUGAAUGA